AAUUCAACACAAUUUACCCUCAUUCCUGGUACAAAAGUUCGUGUAGUUCUUGACGACAAACCGUUGACAAAGAAACGUUUAAGGUUAAGUAGAAACUAUUAUAUCGUAGACUCUACACAAGGUAAUGGAUAUCUUAUAAAAGCUGCUGACGACUCCAUAGCAUUUUAUCCUCGUCAUAAAUUAGUUGAAAGUAGUAAUGGCAAACUUGCUGAAACCAUUGACGAAGCAAAGCGAGGAGUGGUUAUUGAAAUACUUGGCUACAACAUAAACGAUGACACUUAUAAAGUAAGAUAUGAAGGAGGUGUUGAAGAUGUUAUACCAUCUAAGAACUUGAGAGAGUCAAAGCCAACACAUCUGGGACCAUUAGAGCGGGAGUACUGGAAAGACAAAAAUAUGCCAGAAAGAAUAAGAAAAUUCUUCUAA